AUGAUGAAAUUGAUGAUUGCUGAUGUUGAUGUUGAUGUUGAUGUUGAUGUUGAUAUUGGAGAUUCCCUUUUCGUAUGUGAGGUCAUGAUGGGUCCUGGUCCUGGUCCUGGGACUUUCCUUCUUUUUUGCCCUUUCCUCUUAGGAUCUCACAAUAACCAUGAUCCUGGGGAGAAGAAAAGUAUGUGUAGAUGGAUGUGUAUGGUUACUAUGGGAGGAGGUGUGUAG